CUCUCGCUCCCUUCCGCUUCCUUCUUACCGAAAACCUCCGCUCAAAAGCUUCCGCCAUCGCUCUCACCAAAACCCUAAAUUCCUCCUUCCCUCACUCCUUUCUCCCCGCGGAGUCUGAGACCAGGAAGCGAGGCGAAGCGCCAUGGCGGAUCUCAACAGCCACAAGCGCAAAUGGGACGACUCGCUCGACGCCACCAAUGCCACCUCCAACAUCUAUGCGAGGCUCAUCGGAAUGAUGCCCGCAGCCUCGCCCGCGUCCGUGACGGCCGCGGUUCCGCCGACUGUCGCUGGGAAGAACAACAGCCUGGCGAGCUUCUCGGUGAUGGACGACCUGGCGGCGUCCGUCGUCCCGCAGGUGACCGUCGUCAUGGACGGCCGGUCCAUCUGCCAACGCAUCGACCUCCACCGCCUCGGGAGCUACGAGAGCUUCGCUCGCGCGCUCCGCCGGAUGUUCGUCGACGACGACGUCUCCUCGCGGCCGGCGCCCGAGUCCGACGCCGACUGCACCCUCGCCAACGCCAUCCCGGGCUACAUGAUCGCCUUCGAGGACAUUGAGAACGACCUCCUCCUCGUCGGAGACCUCGAUUGGAGGGACUUCGUGCGAGAGGCGAGGCGAAUCAGAAUCUUGCCGGCGAAGAAGAACACUCAGAAGUUCUAGAGACAUGCGGGGGGCAGGAAAGAUUCCAAGAUUCCGAAAAUUCUUAGGCAAUUGGGGUUGGAAACAAACAAGCUAGAGGAGAAAAUCGAAAUUUCAAAGCUUUAUUUUCUUUGUUCUCUCUUUUUCCAUUUCCUUCUGUUUGGGUUCUCUGCUGGUGAAUUCUACCUCCUGUAAUUUCCCUCUUCCCUUGGCAUGAAGAAGUCAAGUAAGUCCUCUCUUCUGUCUCCA